GUUCAGAGAAACGUUGUGUGUUAACGCGAAAUAAUUUGAUAUUUAUUAUAUAUAUUAUAUAUGCGUGUUAGAGAAAACCUUAUAAAGCCAUGAACCUGGUUUGGUUUGGAGUUAUUAAUUCUUCAUUUUGGCCCAGAGAGAAAAUCAGAUCGAGCUGUGAUCUGUGAGUUAUCUAUUUUUUUUGUAUUAUUUAUUCAUUAUUUUUGAUUUCCUUUGGUGAUCAGGACUGAUUCAGGAUGGGCUUUUUUGUAGUAGUAGUGUUAAGUCUUAUUAAGGUUACACACAAUACAGAGAAAUAAUCAUAUAAUUCUAUAUAUUUUUAUUCUUUUUAACAAUUUAUUGAUUGAGUAGGGAUCUAUCGGGAUCCAGGGGAUCAGAUUGAUAGGGCUUUAUUUUGGAACUCUUGGGAUUUUUUUUUUAAAGGUAUAUAUAUAUAUAUUUUUGUUUCACCUUGCGUUCACCAUCCUUCCCAUCAGCAUGGAUGUGUUUUUCCUUUAAACCGAUUACACUAAGCAAACCGGGACAGUACUGGAGGCCUGUUGGAUUCUGCAAAAAGGACCUACUUGGUUGUAAAAGGACCAAACCAAAAAAAAAAAAAAACAAGAAGAAAUCUAUCUACAAUGGGUUCUGCGACAAAACUGGCCUUCGGAGUGUUCCUCAUCUCGUGCUCCUCAGGCGCCAUCUUGGGACGCUCUGAUACGCGCGAGUGCGUGCAGUACAACUACGGCCCGAGCUCGGAGCAGCAGGGAAACCGUGCCGGCAUCGAGGCCUGCGUAGGAGACAAGGACAAGCGGCUGCACUGCUUUGCCACGUGGCGCAACGUGUCCGGGAACGUCGCAGUGGUCAAGCAGGGCUGCUGGCUGGAUGACGUCAACUGCUACGACAGCACGGAGUGUGUGGAGAGGAAAGUGGACCCUGACGUGUUCUUCUGCUGCUGCGAAGGCAACAUGUGCAACGAGAAGUUUUACUACAACCCGGACGCACAGCCCGAACAGAACAAGACGCCGAUCACUGACAGGAGCAGCGGAGUUUUCAAGGCUACGUCUAACCCGUUUACCCAGAAGCCACCGCUGUUCAGCACCCUCCUGUACUCGCUGGUGCCAAUCAUGGGCAUCGCCGCCAUCGCCCUUCUCUCUUUUUGGAUGUAUCGCCAUCACAAGCUGGCGUAUCCGCCCGUCCUGGUGCCCACCCAGCACGCCUUUCAUAUCAUGAUAGAGGACCCCGGGCCCAUGCCCCCUUCGCCAGUCCUCGGCCAAAAGCCGCUGCAGUUGAUAGAGAUUAAAGCCCGCGGUCGGUUCGGCUGUGUGUGGAAAGCUCAGCUGCUCAACGACUACGUGGCAGUCAAGAUUUUUCCCAUUCAGGAUAAGCAGUCUUGGCAAAAUGAGUAUGAGAUAUACAACCUUCCCGGCAUGAGGCACGAGAACAUCCUGCAGUUUAUCGGCGCAGAGAAAAGAGGUGCCAAUCUGGACGCUGAGUUGUGGCUCAUCACAGCUUAUCAUGAAAAGGGAUCAUUGACCGACUAUCUGAAGGCUAACGUGGUGACGUGGAAUGAGCUCUGCCACAUCGCUCAGACCAUGGCACGAGGUCUAGCAUACCUCCACGCAGAUGUCCCUGGCCACAGGGACAGGCACAAGCCAGCCAUUUCCCACAGGGAUAUCAAGAGUAAGAACGUGCUGUUAAAGGCUAAUCUGACAGCCUGCAUUGCCGAUUUUGGCCUGGCCUUGAGGUUCGAGGCCGGGAAGUCUGCCGGGGACACACACGGACAAGUGGGAACCCGGCGCUACAUGGCUCCCGAGGUGCUGGAGGGGGCCAUCAAUUUCCAGCGAGACGCCUUUCUCAGGAUAGACAUGUAUGCCGUGGGCCUGGUGCUGUGGGAACUGGCAUCCCGCUGCACAGCUGCAGACGGUCCAGUGGAUGAGUACAUGCUGCCUUUUGAGGAGGAGGUGGGUCAGCACCCCACUCUGGAGGACAUGCAGGAGGUGGUGGUGCAUAAAAAGCUGAGGCCGACGCUGCGCGAGUGUUGGCACAAACAUCCGGGUCUGAGCAUGCUGUGCGAGACCAUCGAGGAGUGCUGGGACCACGAGGCUGAAGCUCGUCUCUCAGCGGGCUGCGUAGAGGAGCGAGUGCUACAGGUGCAGCGCCUCGCCAGCAUUUCCGCCCCUGACGACAUCGUCACCGUCGUCACCAUGGUGACAAACGUGGACUUUCCACCUAAAGAAUCCAGCCUAUGACUAGAGGAGAACAGCGUGUGAUGUCACGCGGGCGGGAAAAGAAUUACACAUAGCUGUGAGCCGCUAGCUCGAAAUCCCUUUGUGGUGAUUGUACUGUAUAUCGAGUUGGUCGCGGUCACCAACGCUGGGUUUUUACGAUUUUACGUGCUCGUUUCAGCAGCACUAUGCGUGCGUGUGUGCGUGCGUAUGUGUUGUGUAUGUAUGCGUGUGUACGUGUGCACGCGUGAAAACUCAUGUCACAGGGCCUUCUGGACAGGCUGAACGGAUUUCAAUCCAACAAAAGGACCUCAGGCGAUACACUCUCACUUAGGAACAGGACAGCAUCAUGUGUGAAGCUAUCGACCGGUAUUUCUCUUUCUCUCUCUCUGUCUCUCUCUUUUUUUAAAACGUUUGAACAAGAAAGAAAGAGAGAUUUUUUUUGUCUCCGAGAAAAGAAGGAGAAAAAGACAUUUUCUUUAUUUCAGUGUAAAAAAAAAACAAGAAAGAAAAAAGGGCAACAGUACUUUCUAAAAACUACAUUCUGACUUGUUGCAAUGCCAAUACGAAACAGCUUCUGAAUGUCUAGUGUGUCACUGCUGUAUAUUCAACCGAGAGGGUGAAAAAAAAAAAACAACAGAAAAAAAAAAUUGUUUUGUAUCUCUGGAUUUCCCUCCCAGCGUUUUUUCUGUCAAAUAACCACAAACCUCUCUCGACAAGGUAUACCUCAGUUUCUCAUCCUAAUAACAAGUUUGUUUUGUAACACUAUAUAAAAGAAGAAAAAAAAAAGAAUAAUAAUAAUUAUGAAGCUUUCUGUCAAAAAAGCUUUUUAAUACGGGGGCGGGCAGGGAGAAAACCUUUUUCUAAUCUAUAUAUAUAGAUAGAUAUAUAGAUAUAUAGAUGGAUGACAGAUUAUGCCAAGAAAAUAUGGCCAUUCAUGAACCAGUGUUUUCUCUGCCUUCUUUCUAUUACUUUCAUGUGUUUUCUGUGUUGCCCUGCUGUUUAAAAUGUGACUGUUUUCUGAACAUUGUGACGAAUUGAUUGUAAAGAAGAAGAAAAAAAAAUCAGUUUUUAGGACUCUAUUGCAAACUUGUUGAGAAGAAAAUCCCUGAAAUAUAUGAAUUCUGUGAAAAUAUGAAAGCACUUACCAGUAUAGAUUUGCAGUGUCCUCACAGCAAUUAACAUACAGUACCUGCAUGCCUUGUAUUUCUUUUUCUCUUGUGCGUGAAAUCUUGAGCAGUCGUCGAUCUUCUUUCUUAUUUUACGAUCAUUGUUAUAAUUAUUAUUUUUACAAUUCAACUUCAAUCCGUUUUUUUUUUUUUUUUCGUUUUUUGUUUUUGUUUUGCAGACGCUUCUUCCCAAACCGACCCCUGACCGGAUUCCCGUACCGUACCCAUGCCCACUCCCCCCAUCGUCCCCCACCCACCCUAACACUUGUGUAAAUAUGCACACUGAUAAAUCAAGCCUCAUAUUAGCGGCUACGUGUCACAACAUUUAAAUUUUUUCAUGUCUCAGGAAGCUUAUUAUCUUUUGAGCGUUUCUCCUCUGGUGCCAUUCUGGUGAUCUACGUACGUCGUAUCGCGUCGAUAUGCAAGAGGCCUUCGUAACAUUCAUCCUCUCCACCCUGGAUAUCACCACUUUGUUUUCCACUUCGUAGCUUGAUACGCUUUUAAAGCACCAAGCUAUAAGUUGCCAUAUGAAAAAAAAAGGUUCGGAUCGAGUCUUAGACUAAGACUAGUAUUAUCCUAAAUACGUUGGUGUCAUUGAUAAGCCGUGGGCUGUAAGGAUUCAGGUCAUUAUGGUUGUUAUUUUUUAACCUAACAUCCUGAAGCGUCAGGUUUACGUGACCGUAUGCAAGCGUAAUGCUCUCAGCUCCUCCCCUCCCCCGCCCCCGUCAGGUCGACCUGUCACGUCCGCCGCAUCGUGCUGCUCAUCUUUCUGACCAGGUGCCAAUGUAUGCCAGUGCAAGAGCGCACAAACUUUCCUCAGAGAUCGCCUUCUACCUUCGCCGCGCUGGAAAACGUUAUUUAUUUGCACGGUGCUGACUAGCUCGUAAAGGCCACGUUAGCAUUUUUUUGUUGUUUUUUUUACGGUAAAAGUAUUCGACGAAACGCGAGGUGAGCUCUUUCGCUUGUGGAAGGCCGGUCCGUCCAGGUUCGAGCCUUUAGGUUAAACCCUAACAACUACUAUUGUUUAGUAGAUUCUGUUGAUGUUAUAAUACCUGUAGCUGUUUUUUUAAUGCCUUGUUUAACAUAACCUUGUGGGUGUGUCUGAAACGGAAACCGGGAAGCCGUUGUUUUUUUUUUGGUUUUUUUUGUUGGUUUCUGGUCACAGUUGCAUUCAAAUCCAAAUGGGGAGAGCAAUACAUUGGGUAUUUAUUUUUGAUUAAAAGAUACAGAUCGUGUGUUUCUGGUAAUCGGUGUCCUGCACAACACAAACAAGUGCUUAUUUAGUCUACUGUAGAUGAAUGGUGUUUCUAGUGUUGUGUGAUAUCUACAUAUGAAUAUAAAUAUUUCAGUUACAUGUGAGGACUAUUUAAUUAAACUCUGAUCAGACAGCCCUUUCCCUACACUUCAUGUAGUGGUGAUCGUAUCAGUUAAAAACAGUUUGAUUGUAAAGGCCGUGACGGACCAAAAGGCCCAUUGUUUGGGUUUGUUUUGUUUUAAAAUGGCUAGUGGCAAUAAUUACAGCUGCCAAUUCUCGCUGCCCUGGAUAGCUCUCUCUUGCUCUUUCUCUCUCUUUAUUUCUCUCUCUCUCUCUUUUACAAACACUAACCAAAGUAUGCAAUAUGGCCAAAAGUUUGUGGACGCCUGAUCAUUGUUCUCAUACACAUUCCUUUUCCAAACUGUUAUCUCAAAGUUUUUUGAGUUUUUUUUUGUUGUUGUUGUUUUUUUAUUUCUCCCAGAGUAGGCCGAAGACUAUCAUGUGUUUUUGCUCUGAAUCAUGUGAUGCCAGCUGACCGCAUAUUCUCGAACUGCUUGCUGAGCAUAACACACUCGGAGGACAGCGCUAUCCGCUCCUUCUAGGCUACAGCAUCACCCAGAAAUCAAACUAGUAGUCUCUGGAUGGUAAGGCAAGUGCUUUACCACUGUGCCACUUGGGACUGUGGACGGGGGGUUGUCUUAAAAGUUGGAACUAAGAGACAGUAGGCCUAGUAGUUGUGGCCUCUGUCGAGUUUGCAUGUUCUCCAAGUGCUUGGUGGGUUUUCUCUCACAGUCCAAAGACAUGCAGAUAAGGCUAAUUGGCGUUCCCAAAUUGCCCGUAGUGUGCGAGCGUGUGCCCUGCGAUGUAUUGGCACCCUGGGAUAGGCUCCAGCCCUCCGUGACCCUGUAAAGGAUAAGGGGUAUGGAAGAUGAAUUCAAUAAUCCAUUCAUUCAUUCAUUCUUAAACCUAUUCCAGUUUGACGGUGCCCCUGUGCCCCUAAGCGAGCUCAUCAUGAAUACAUGAUGUUGUUACGGUUGGACUGGAAGAAGCCCUGACUUGAAGACCUUUAGGAUGAGCUGGAGCACCACAGGCCUCCUUGUUCCUGACCUCUACUAACACUCUCAUAAAAGUAGCUGAAUAAAAAUCACACAGCAAAACCCAAAACACAAAAACCUGACAGCCGAAACAGAAAGGCCUUCCCAGAAGAGUGGAGGUUAUUAUUAUGACAGUAAACAGGAAUAUAUCUGGAAUGGGAUGUCAUAUGGGUGUGAUGGUCAGGUGUGCACAAAACUUUGAUCAGAUAAGCGUAUCCUCGUGGAAACAUGCUCCAUAUUUAAAAAAAAAAGUUUCCCUUUUACACACACCCAGGAUCUUCAGUGUUAUUGUGAUGACUGGGGCCAUAAAUAAUGUUUUAAGAGAUUUUUUUUUUUUUUUAACUAAAGCCGGUCCUACAUUCUCUUAAAAACUUGUUUCUUUCCCUAAAUAACAGCUGAUGCAUUGAGUUAUGAGCAUUAAAAAAAUUACUUACCCACCCGACACCUUGUCCUCGCCCUGCACUUCCCUUUCCUCACUUCCCUCAUGUUGGCAUAGGACUGGAUCAAAGAGUGCAGCGUAUGUAAAUACGAAUGAUGUUUUAAAUUGUGAAAAAUAGCAUGAGUUUUUUUUUUUUUUUAAUGGUUUCGAAAGCAAAAACAAUUUAUUAAUAUUAUGGACGAAAUAAUAUUUUAUUGUUGUUUAUUUUGUAUAUCUAUAUUUUAGGUUGUUUUAUUAAUUUAUGUCACAGCCCAAACUGGUUAUUUUUAUUCUGAAUAAAACAAGAAGUGUUUUUUUUUUUUUUUUGCUCUAUUUAUACAACUGGUCUAGUGAAACACUAAAUACAGGAAAAAAGAAAAGAAAAAAAAAAGGAUUGUUCUCGUCUCUUUACCUCAGACUUCCCGGUUCUGACUUGAUGUUAUCACAACAUGAAUAAGCAGUGUAGCACGACAGACAACAUGGUGCAAGCGUUGUGAAACGUGUUAUAUUUAAAUGGGAAUCGACCAGCAGGUUCUCUCCUCUGCUACUUUAUUUUCCUCCUGGCAACAAGACGCACUUUGUGGUUUUUACUGACUUGUUUUCUCGCUCACUACAAUGCCACUGAUCAUCUCCGUAUCCACAACGGGUGCACGCAAGACCAUCUCCGGUGCACGCUGGUGUAUUACCUUCAACCCCCGGACAUGCCAUUUGAGUAAAAGUAUUUAAGAGUCAUAUUCAGGGCCUGGAUGGAAGUCGUUGUUACAUAUUGUACAGAUGAAAUUUUAUGCUACUUCUCCCUUCGAAUAAAGUAUAAUGACUGC